AUGUCAAAUUCAAAUCAAUGUUCCACUUGUCAAAAGCCAGCAGGAAUUAUUCAUUGCGCAGGUUGUGAUAGUUACUUCUGCACAAAGGAUUUCAGAGGUCAUCGUGAGAUAUUAUAUACUGAGAUGGAAGAACUCGUUGAAGAGUGUAAUAAACUGCAAGAGAACGUUAACAAAGCAACAAAAGGAAACGACUUACGCAAUCCACUUCUUAAAGAAAUCAAUGCAUGGGAGAAGAUUACAAUUGAAAAAGUGCAACAAACAGCUGAACAGGCACGUCAGCGGGCUAAUCAACUGAUGAAUUCAAAGUCUACGAUAAUUACAACUGAAUUCAUAGGCUUGUCAGAUGAGUUAGCUGGUUUGAAAGAAACUGAGAAUUAUGUUGAACAUGAUUUAACAAGACUUAAACAAAAGAUUGAUCAAUUUAAUAUAGACUUGACUCAACUUUCUCAAGCACCUAGAAUUGAACUUAAUAGUGAAGAAAGCAAAAAAAUAAAAUGGGAUUGUAUUAUCUAUGUUCAAGAAAAAUCUGAACGUGCACAAACAAGUAAAUCACUUCCUCAAGAGCAACUUCUCUGUGGUGGUCGAGCUUGUGUACGUUGUGGUAAAUGUUCUGAUGGGCAUUAUGACAGUAACAUGAACCGUUAUCGCCAUCGUGAUGGCAGCAUUUGCAAUCCUUUUGGUACUGCUUGUGAUCGUUAUCGUCUUCGUACUCAUGACUCGGUCUCUGCAAGUGUAUAUACGCCGUAG